AUGACUUCCGGACUUCAGGACUUUGACUGUAUUAAGAAGGCUGUUGCAUCAAAGACCGGCAAGAAAAAGGAUAGAAAAAUGAUGGCCAAGCCAAAGAAUGUUGAGCUAGACCAGUGUGUUAUAAAGUGGUAUCAGCAGCAAUGUGCCAGUGGUGUAAUGGUGCAUGGUACUGAACUUAAAAUGUCUGCAGAGAGAUUUGCAAGCAACAUCGGGCUGCAAGGAUUUAAGGCUUCAGAAGGGUGGCUUUAUCGAUUUAAACUACGACAUGGGUUAACCUGCAAGAAAGUGUAUGGUGAAAGUCUUGAUGCAAAUGAGGAGGUAAUUGAUCAGUACUGCAAAGAAGUAAAAGAUUUGAUACAGAGAGAAGGGCUUUUACUUGAACAGCUAUACAACGCUGACGAAACUGGACUAUAUUACCGCUCAAUCCCAGAAAACACAUUAGCAAGUGAAAAAGAAAAAUCAGUGCCUGGUAGAAAACUAUGCAAAGCAAGAGUGUCGCUACUGUGUGGUGCAAAUGCGCUGGGGUCCCACCGUCUGAAGCCCCUGGUCGUGGGUAAGGAAAAACAACCACGGUGCUUGCGUGGCAUGAUGGACUCGCUCUCAGUUCAUUAUGAUCAUUCAGUGAAGGCUUGGUUUAAUGUGAAAGUGUUUAAGAACUGGAUUUUUAAACAUGCUGUGCCCGAGAUUGUGCGGUUCCAGAUGGAAGUGAUGAAGGUGAGCAGAGAACAAGUGCGAGCUCUGAUUUUGCUGGACAAUGCUCCCGCUCACCCGCCAGCGUCUGAACUUGUCGCCAAACAUGGACGCAUCAGAGUGAAAUUUUUACCACCAAACACAACUUCCCUUAUUCAGCCAAUGGAUCAGGGAAUUAUUGUAGCUUUUAAGAGGCUGUACAGGAGGAGGUUCCUGGAGGAAGUAAUGGUGGUAGUGGAUGAGGAAGAAAGAAAUGUGGGCCAGCUGACUCUGCAAAAUUUGAAAAACUACAACCUUCGUUCUGUCAUGCAUAACAUAUCUUGGGCAUGGAAUGAUGUGUCCAGUUCUACUCUGGCCAAUGGAUGGAAUUGUCUCUUACAUAGGACUGAGCCUGUGGUUGAUUUUUUAGGGUUUGAGGCAGACAAUUUUCAUCAUCAAUUUGUUAAGUCAGGGGAAAAUACCACUGUUGAUGACAUCAAUAACUAG